AUGAAGGGGAGAAACCAGGACCCUGCCACCCAAAUAGCCCACAGAGCGAAAAUCCUGGCCACCUCUAGCAGAGAUGUAUCCCCUAUGAAGAGGAGAAACCAGGACCUUGCUUCCAAAUUAGCCCCCAGAGCGAAAAUCCUGGCCACCUCUAGCAGAGAUGUGUCCCCCAUGAAGGGGAGAAACCAGGACCUUGCCACCCAAAUAGCCCCCAGAGCGACAACCCUGGCCACCUCUAGCAGAGAUGUAUCCCCCAUGAAGGGGAGAAACCAGGACCCUGCCACCCAAAUAGCCCCCAGAGCGAAAAUCCUGGCCACCUCUAGCAGAGAUGUAUCCCCCAUGAAGGGGAGAAACCAGGACCUUGCUUCCCAAUUAUCCCCCAGAGUGAAAGUCCUGGUCACCUCUAGCAGAGAUGUGUCCCCCAUGAAGGGGAGAAACCAGGACUUUGCCACCCAAAUAGCCCCCAGAGCGAAAAUCCUGGCCACCUCUAGCAGAGAUGUAUCCCUCAUGAAGGGGAGAAACCAGGACUUUGCCACCCAAAUAGCCCCCAGAGCCAACAAGAAAGUGAAAAGGUGA